GGGCGACGGCAUCGAGCGGGCACCGCCGCAACGACAACGGCGACAACACCACCACCAAAAAAGAAAGGAGGAAGCUCCGUUUCACGGCCUCGCCUCUCCUCCUCCCCUCCAGCUCCCGGUACCGGGGGCCGGCAGAGAGAAGUGUAAGAGGCUUCGCGUGUGUGUAGUGGCACUGAGGCUCAGGGUAAUGAUUACCGGCGUUCCGGGUAAUGAUUACCUCUGCCUCUGCGUGCGGGAGUGCUGUCCCCCACCCUCUCGUAUAGGCGUGAGGCUCUUUUCCUGUUUCACCCGAUGCGUUUAUUGUGGCAGUUCUGAUGCAGCCGGAGAGGCAGAAUCUCCUUUCGAAAGUCGUCGCCUUCCUGCCUAGCCAGAAAUACUAAUACGGAGCAUUUGACCUUCUAAUCUCUACAGCUGAAUCUCCUGAUACCAGGAUUAGGAAAGAGUGCCUUCAGAACCAAUAUGUAGCAAAUGGGUAUCACACCUAUGAAGCUCCUCCCUUGGUUCAAUGCUUGCAUGUUUUAAGGAUCCUUGUCGCCUCAGCAGUGAAUUGUUCUUGUGAACUUCAGAAACAGAUUUCAUGUGGUGCUUGCUAAACGUUGAGUCACCAUGAGUAGUAAUCUAGGAAAAGAAAAGGACUGUAAAGAGAAGGAUCCAAAAGUCCCAUCGUCAAAAGAAAGGGAGAAGGAGGCCAAAGCCUCUGGAGGAUUUGGGAAAGACAGCAAAGAAAAGGAGCCUAAGACCAAAGGGAAAGAUGCCAAAGAUGGAAAGAAGGACUCCAGUAGCACGCAGCCUGGGGUAGCUUUUUCAGUGGACAAUACGAUAAAAAGACCUAAUCCAGCCACAGGUACCCGCAAAAAAUCCAGCAAUGCUGAAGUGAUCAAAGAGCUAAAUAAAUGCCGGGAAGAGAAUUCAAUGCGCUUGGACUUGUCCAAGAGGUCUAUACACAUGCUUCCAUCAGCUAUCAAAGAGCUAACGCAGUUAACAGAACUUUAUUUAUACAGUAACAAACUGCAGUCCCUACCGGCAGAGGUGGGCUGUCUUGUGAACCUGAUGACACUGGCCCUGAGUGAAAACUCACUUACCAGUUUGCCUGACUCUCUUGAUAACUUGAAGAAACUGCGCAUGCUUGACCUGCGGCAUAACAAGCUUAGAGAAAUCCCUUCGGUGGUGUAUAGGCUAAGCUCUCUUGCCACUCUUUACCUACGCUUUAAUCGUAUAACUACUGUGGAAAAGGAUAUCAAAAACUUGUCAAAACUCACCAUGCUUAGCAUACGAGAGAACAAAAUCAAGCAACUACCUGCUGAAAUUGGUGAGUUGUGUAACCUCAUAACGCUGGAUGUAGCGCACAAUCAGCUUGAACAUCUUCCAGAAGAGAUUGGAAGCUGCACGCAGAUCACCAACCUUGACUUGCAGCACAAUGAGCUCUUGGACCUGCCAGAAACCAUAGGAAAUCUGUCCAGUCUAAGUCGUCUUGGCCUGAGGUACAAUAGGCUGUCAGCAAUUCCGAAGUCUUUAGCAAAAUGCAGUGAACUAGAUGAACUGAACCUGGAGAACAACAACAUUUCUACUUUACCAGAGGGUCUUUUAUCCAGCCUUGUCAAACUGACUAGUUUAACACUGGCCAGGAACUGCUUCCAGUCCUAUCCUGUGGGUGGCCCGUCCCAGUUCUCCACAAUCUACUCUCUCAAUAUGGAACACAACCGCAUCAAUAAAAUCCCUUUUGGAAUUUUCUCUAGAGCUAAAGUAUUAAGUAAGCUGAACAUGAAGGACAAUCAGCUGACCUCUCUCCCCUUGGACUUCGGGACUUGGACUAGUAUGGUAGAACUGAACUUAGCGACUAAUCAGCUCACAAAAAUCCCUGAGGAUGUAUCUGGGCUUGUUUCUCUUGAGGUUCUUAUCUUGUCAAACAAUCUACUAAAGAAACUUCCCCAUGGAAUUGGAAAUCUACGGAAACUCCGAGAGUUAGAUCUAGAGGAAAACAAACUGGAAUCCUUGCCAAAUGAAAUAGCUUACCUCAAGGAUCUGCAGAAAUUGGUUCUGACUAAUAAUCAGUUGACCACCCUUCCCAGAGGUAUCGGUCACCUUACCAAUCUGACACACCUUGGGCUUGGAGAGAAUCUUCUCACACACCUUCCUGAGGAAAUUGGUACACUGGAGAAUCUGGAAGAACUGUAUUUGAAUGACAACCCCAAUCUGCACAGCCUUCCCUUUGAGCUGGCUCUUUGCAGCAAACUGUCAAUAAUGAGUAUUGAGAACUGCCCGCUCAGCCACCUUCCACCUCAGAUUGUUGCAGGAGGACCCUCCUUCAUCAUUCAGUUCCUAAAAAUGCAGGGACCAUAUCGUGCCAUGGUCUGAUGCUAAUCGGAUUGUCCAAUACACUGUACAAAACACAAACUGCAUUAAUGUUGUAAUUGUCUGUAUAUGUAUAUAUAAUAUAAUAUAUGUGGUUUAUAUUAUAUUAUAUAUAUAUAUAAAAAUAUAUAAAUAAUAUAAAAAGGCAAAUUUAAGACUGCAUUAUGUGUUUCUGCUAAUAGAGGAAUCAUAGCCAUUUAGAUUUUUUUUAUUCUGUAAAAAUGCUUGUCUAAGUUUUCUUUGCUGAAUUUGAUGGAAUGUCUGAAUAAUCUGAAAAUGCCAGUUCAUUUAAAGCAAUUGCCAAUGAACUCAAAGUUUAAAUUUAAGGGACAAAAAUAGUUUUGCUUAGAUUUACUUUCAGUUAAGAGAAAUGUGUAACCUUUAUAUAAUGAACUUUUCUGUUUUCCUCCCUCUUUUUUUUUUUUUGUGUCAAAACCUGAAAGGGUCACGUGUCCUGAGGUUGGGAUUUUCUUUUAACUUAUUUUGAGAUUUGAAGCAAAUGGUGUUUUUAUAUUGUUUACAGUCAGAGUAAAUCACUGGAUUUUGUUUUAUUCUGAUUUGCUCUGUUUUAAUCAAUCAUAUCUAGAAUUUAUAUGCCUCUGCUGAUGAAUUUUUAUCAACUGGUUUGUAUACUAAAAACAUAUACUCAUCAGAACAACUGGCAGGUGAAAAGGAUGCAGUCAAAACAAAAAGAAAAGAAAAAAAAAGCUUGAAUUCCUUUAAGUCUUGCUUCCCUGAGUUAUCAGUUGCAGGCAUAACAUAUCUGAACUGAGCCUUUUGCGGUUGGUCUUUUCUAGCACAAGUAAACCUUUUCAGAUUGGUAAAAACAUUGAGUAUACUCAGUGAAGAGCGGUUUUCAUUUUGUGAAGUAACAAGUCCAUGAGGUCUAACAGUACAGUUAAGUGGCAAGGAAAUAAUAUAUAUGUACAUUUUUAUUACAAUGUUGAGUCAUAAACUACAACAGGCAAUUUUAAGGAUUCCUUAUAGUCCUUGUACAAUAAAUGAAUGUGUCUUACUUUUAAACACUGCAAUAUAUGUAAGUUUUAAGAUUGGUUAACAAUGUACUAUGGUUUUAUAUCUUGACUUGCCUUGUACCUCCUUCCAUUAUGGAACUUCUGUGUCCAAGCACAAUAUCUUCACACUGUGCUGUUUUGCUGCUGAACUAAAUGCACUUUUCCCCACAGCUGGGGCACUUGCUUCAAAAUAUUCAGUUCAGUAUCUUGAUUAUUCUUUUUUAACUUCAUCCUUUCUGUUUCAGUAUUAAACCAAUCUAUUAAAAAAGAGGCACCUUUUUCAUUUGUGCAUAGAUGUUGGUAGCUCAAGAGAAACACUGUAAGUAGUGGACAUUCAGUUUUAUCAUGACUUUAUUGGUUGUUUAAAAGGCAGAAGAUGCUUCAGGGAGACUUACACUAUUGCUGCACUUGUAGGGCCAGUUGUCCUUUUUCAGGAGGGUAGGAACUUGAGGCGGUUACAUUCCACAGUUACUCAAGAACUGUCCAGUUUAUAGUCAUUGGAAUUGCUGCUGGGGUAGUGUGACUUACAGGACUGUACCUUUUGAACAAAAUCAAAUCAAUCGAUGCCAUGGGAAAUCUGUUUCACAUGCAGAAGUUUGGGGAAUAUUAUUUCUGGCUUCCAGGCAUGCUUACUUAGACGUAUUGCCUUGAUCUAUUUGCAUUCUGUUUUGUCGUACGUCUCUUCAUUAACAAGGAGUAAGUUUUAACGGAAGGCAGGUGGAGAUAUAAAACCUUAGAGGGCUUAAACAUGCUGUAAAACUAUUGUAGAUGUCACUGGAUUUUACUAAGUAAUGUUCUGUUCUUUCUCACAUGCUCUGUCUCUCUGUCCCCUCCCCCCCCCUUUUUUUUUUACAUCUACUGUAGCUUUUCAGUUUAGACUUUCUUUAGUUUAUAAAAGGCUAGUUCCUUACAGUUCUGCCUGAAGUUAAUCUUUCUCAGCAUUAAGGUGUUAAAAUAUGAAGAUGCUGAAAUGCUUAGCAUCAAGACUGUAAUCUAACUUCUGAAUAUACUGCUAAAUCCAUAUUUGUGCCCUCAGGUCACUAGAGGAAACUGGUUUGAUUAAUAUGGUUCCUUAAAACAAAAGUGGCGACCCCUUGUGUUCUCAAGCAUUGCUCUCAUUCCCUGUCUGCUCCUCAAUCCCAUUUUUAUAAGAGUUGACGGGAUUGAAUUUGUUUAGUUUGUAAAUAUGUUGAUUAUUCACCUUGUUAAGGUACAUGGUUAAUGACUGUAUGAUUGGAGCUGACCCUCUCUCACAUAAAUUCUUGUGGAGAAGUUGGCUACCAAAAUAGUGCUCGUUACACUCGCUUAAAAACAAACUAUUCUUUUCAUUACACUUAUAGGAAUAAAUAAAGCUAUGUUUUAAUUCAUUACUAUAUUAAAAACAGGAUAUUUUUUCAAACUAUCUUUGUACUAGUAUGGUUGUUGCAAUGCCAGAUAAUCCUGAGCCCUGUUUUAGGAGUUUAAUUUUAUACAUUCUGAGGUGAAUGCUUAUUUUUUCAGUGUCUAAAGAGAGAUUUGAAUAAAAGCAGUGUGAGAGAACUUCUGGUACAGGAGAAAUCAAGUCAAAGAUUUUGAAAAGUUCUUUAAAAUUAUCCAGAAGUUUAAGUAUUAAAUGUGGGGCAUGGAUUGGGAAUAGAUGCAUAUAAAUCCAUAUAGUACACACAUGGAUUUAUAUCCAAAUCUAUACACAGAUCUGUAUAAAUCCAGCUGUUUUGAUCAUUCAAAACAGUCUUACAUCCUGACAUAACAGACUUGCAUUUCCCAGGAUGCUGGAUUGUUAACUGGUGCGGUUUCUAAAUUGUAUUUAAUGCCUGAUGACAUUCAGUUGGACACACGUGCUGGCUUAUACGUGUUUAAGAAUUUUGUUUGGCCUAAUCAAAGUAUGAAUGGAAAGAACUUCAUCCGGACAAGUAUGUAUACAUACGUACAUAUAUGUAUAUGUGUAUCUAUAUAUGUAUGAAAGCAUAGACAAGGUGGAGAAAUUAAUUCUUUACGGCAUCUUUGAAAACAUGAUGGAGAAACAGGUGAUUCCCAGAUAACUUGUAUUAAAUAUUUAUCCCCCUUGCCACACUGGGGGAAAUAAUUUAGGAGGGUUAUUGAAAAGUGUGACAAUCUUUACUUUGAGUGAAAAUCAUUACCUUAAUUGCUUGCCCAUAGACAAAAUAUCAAUUUUGUAUGUGUCUGUGCUUAUGUACAUAAGAAUAUGUACAUAUACACAUGCCCCAUAAAGACACUAUCCUGAAUCAUGCCUUGAUUUAACAAGCUAAAUUACUGUACUAUAGAUUCUAUAGUAUUAUGGAAGUCUGUUAAGGUGUAAAGCAGAUUAGGGAUUUGUUAAACAAUGAAAAGAAGGAAUAACUGCAGUUGUGACUCGUGUUGGUUACAUACUGCAUUUAAAUUCACUAAAUAGAAAGUUGUUUGGUAAUUCUUUGCAAAGAUGUUUUCUUUUAGUAUAAGGAGUUAAAGUUCUGUCUCUGGCUGUCCCAUAUUUAAGUUUGUUGCCAAAGUUGUCUAGUAUAAAUGCAAUGGAAAUGCUGCUUGUAAAGUUGGGUCACACAGUUAUGUAAUUGGCACUUUUCCGUUUGCCAGAUGCUAUUGGAAACUUUGAAAUUCAUACCCUUUUUAGAAAGAGAUUUGGGUUGUAGAAUAUUUGUUUCAGUGCCUCUCUUGGAUUUAGGUUUUCUCUGCAGUUUUGUCCAUCUUUUGCUAAUGUUGUGUGAGAAAGUGCAUGUUCAGACUUCUUGAAGGUUGUGUUUGCUCAUGUACAUGAUUUAGUAAAUUAGUACUCAGACUGUCUAGCUGGUUAGUGUUGAAACCCAUUGUGUCACCUGGAAUUCAAGUAUCAUCUUUAAUCCUGGGAGUUUGAAAAAUAGCUUUUAUUUAACAAUUAGAAAACUUUGAGAGGUUAUUUCUCCCCCCCCCCUUUUUUUUUUAAACCCCCAAAUAAAUUAAAUUUCUGUACCAAUACAAACCCAUCUGAGGGGAGUCUUCAUAUCUGGAUGCAACUAAGAAUUUUCAUAUAGUCAGUAUCACACCUCGGUUGUAUCAAAUUGGCAUGCUGGAAUAGCUUCUAAUUAGACAUUAGAAAUGUGCAGUUGGCAGUAAUUUGCACAACACAAACUUCAAGGCACAGUAAGGACAAUUACAAACAAACAAUAGUAUCUACAAAUUGUUUUUGGUUUUAUGUUAGCAAAGAUCAGAAAAUUAUGUUUAUUAUUCUGAUGUCUAGGUCUUAUCCAGGACUGCACAGGACUUUUGCUGUGGAAAAAUACGAGACCACACUAAUUUUGUGGUUAAAAGCUAAACAAGAGUGUAAACAGUCUACAGAAAUGUACUUUUAAUCUGAAUUAUUGUAAUGUUGAUUGUUAUGUCUAUAUAAAAGAUUGCCUUGCUUUUUUAUAAGAGUCAUUCUGUAUCAAUGCAUUCAUUAUAAAUAGUAUAUUUGUAAAUAAGCUGCCACUGAGUCUUUUGAAAGUUUUCUAGUAUUUCUAGUCUAACAUUAACUUGGAUGUAACUUUUGCAGCGCCCCAAAUUAUCCAGAACUGCUUUCUCAUUAUAUACUCAUCACUCUUCAAAAGAGCUCAAGUAAAAUAUAGAUUUUCAUGUAGAGUAAUUACAGGAAACUUCAAAAGUUGCAUGAUAGUAACUGCUUUACUCAGUCAUGUAGAUUGGACACCUUUUAUAAAGCAAACGUUGGUAAAAUCUUUUAUUUUCAUUUUGUUAUUGUACAGUAGGGCAUAUAGUAAAAAAGAAAACAAAACCCUUUCUCUCUGAAAGGGAAAAUAAAUCUUGGAUUUUAGUGCAAAAUGCAUUUCAACAACAACAAAAUUAAAGUAGGUAUAGAAUUCUGGCACCUAAAAGACAGACAAGGGCAUUUAAACUUCUGAUUUAAUAAAAGACAAUAUUGCCAAGCUGACGUGACACAGCUCUAAACCGAUGUCUUUUAACUCUGUAAAGGUCAUUACGAUAGACAGUCUUUCAAGAAGGACAUGCUUACAUCAUGUCCUACAAACAAAAAAAAUGCUAGUAUCCUUUGAAGUUAGAAUAGAAGGGCCUCACCAGUUUGGAUACGAUGAUGACGAGGAGGGCACUGGUGUGCGUGGUAUAGCUGAAAACUUAAAAAACUGGAACGGGUUCUUGUAGUGUGCAGCAGUCACUCAUGCAGUAAUCUGAGAAUCAGCAGAGAUCUGAUGUAAGGACAGAGAUAAAAAUCAGUAGAGGGUCUGAUCAAACUGCCUAAAGGUCUGUCUGUGUGUUGAGUCAAUCCCUGUUACUGUAAGUGAUCCAGCAAUCUGAAAACAAGCUAAGGAGUUGGCCGGUCUCAUCACACGAGUGGCUGUCCUGUGCCGCGGUGUUGGACCACGCACCAUCCCUCCCCAGUCCGACAGGGCUGAGUGACAGAUGUGGACGGAACAUAACAGGGACAUGCAGUUCCUCUGGCGUACUGCUUCACACCUCACCACCCAGAGUUUGAAGGGCUUGUGACAAGGAAACGCCAUCUGCAUCACUGCAUUUAGUAGCUGUUGAUAGAUUAGGCAAAUUCACAGAAGAAAGUGCUUGCUUUUUUUUUUUUUUUUUUAAAUUCUAAAUCUAUUUGUAUUUCUGGCCUCUGCAACAUCCUGUAUCUAAUAAUUCUACAAUAUAAUUAUGUGCUGGGUGAAAAAGUACUUCCUUUUGUUUGUUUCAAACCACACCACCUUAUUUCAUUUGGUGACUCCUUAUAUUCUGAGAAAUUUAUGAACAAGCUUUUUCCUGUUCAUCUGCUUUUUACUACUCUUGAGGGUUUUUUUCAUAAAUGGCAGUGUUUUUUCUUCAAGUCAUAGAGUUCUAGUUUCUUAGCUUCUCUUCAAACAAAACCUCUUCCAUUCCGUGAUAAUUCUUGCUGCCUUUCUUCAUAGUUUUCUAGUCCCAGCUCUGAUUCUUUUUCCUAAUUCAUGGCCUUUAGCAAGCUAUUUUGUUCUUUGUGUGCUUCUAGUUUGUGAAAUAAAAGUACAGCUCUGUUAUGAAAAGUAAA